AUGUUGGAAAAUUACUCCGGAGAAAGCACAAUUUGCCUUUUAAAAUGUGAAAAAGGUCCUCGGGGUUUUAGUUGCCGCGAAAUAGAAUUUUUGAAUGAUAAUGAGGAAAUAACUUUUUGGGAAGAAAUUGCUGUUAAAACGAAGAAUAAUCAGUCUGAUUUACGGAAAGAAAACCAAGAACUGAAGCAGCAACUAGCCGAAGUUAAGAAACAACUAGUAGAAGUGUUGGCUGAACGGAAAAAUAGUUCGAAUGGUCAAAUGGCUAAAGCGGAGAAGGAAAAACUAGUUGAGGUAAGAGAGGAAAAGUUUAGUAAUCCAGGUGAGGAAAAUUUACUUGAAGAUGAGCAAUCAUUUGAAAAGGAAUUUAAUAAAUUAAUUAGUCCCUUAAACGAAGAACAAAAAAAUGUUUUUUGCCUUGCUGUCAAAGAGAAAGUUAAUCUUUUUUUUACUGGAGCGGCUGGCACUGGCAAGAGUUUUUUGCUCAAAAAAUUAAUCACCGCUCUCAAGUCAGCAUAUGGUGAGAAAAGUGUAGCAGUUACCGCUCUGACGGGAAUUGCGGCCAAUAAUAUAAACGGCAGAACUCUUCAUUCUUUUGCGGGAAUAGGUUUAGGUUCAGAGCCCUUGCCUGAGCUGGUUAAAAGAAUUCAAGAUUCAAAGCGAGACCAAAAAAGGUGGCAGGAAGUAAAGGUGCUAAUAAUUGAUGAAAUUUCUAUGCUCGAUGGAGAUUUAUUGGAUAGUUUAGAAUUUAUUGCCCGAAUAGUUCGAAAUAAUCAACAGCCGUUUGGAGGAUUACAACUUAUUUUUACGGGGGAUUUUUUCCAACUCCCGCCAGUUUCUCGAGAUAAAAAAUCAUUCCAAUUUUGUUUCGAAUCCCAAAUGCGUUUUGGUGAAAUCUCGCCGGCUGGAUUAACCAUGUUGGAAACUCUAGAGCAAGAACCAAAAUUUCCGAAUGAUGGUAUUGAAGCCACUCAAUUAUACGCUACUAAUGAAGAACAACUUCCCGAAUUGCUCCGGGGUUGUCUGGCACUAAGCGAAUUACAAUUAAAACUUAAUGCCCAAGUAAUGCUAAUUAAAAACUUAACUCCCCAGUUGGUUAAUGGUAGUCAAGGGAUAGUGGUUGGUUUUCAGGAACAAAAGGAAUUUAAAUUUACUAAUGGAAUCAAAAAAGUUAUCGAGUUAGUUGAAUGGAAGUCUGAAAUUCCUUAUACCCACAUUGUUCAAGCUAGUCGUCAACAAAUCCCCCUCGUGCUAAGACAAUUAUACGUAGCACUUUCCCGAGCAACUUCAGUUAAAUAUUUACAGGUUAUCGGGUUCAAAAAAAAUCAUAUAAUGUUUUCUCACCCUAAAGUGAAUAACUUUUAUCAAACUUUACUUGAAAAUCAAACGGGAACAAAAGAUAUUGUCUUUGAAGGAAAAGUUAUUUCUAUUAAAAGAAAAUCAUAUCGUCAAGGAGAUUCUGAGGAUUUAUUGAGGAAAAACAGGAUAGCCUUGGAAAUCAGAGUAGAGCCGAAAGUACCUUACGCUCUCGCUAUUGAAACUAGUUGCGAUGAAACUAGUAUUGCUAUUCUUGAAAACAAAAAAGUUAUCAGUAAUAUUACCGUUUCUCAAAUCCUAGAACAACAAAAAUAUGGCGGAGUUAUGCCAAGUUUAGCAGCAAAAUUACACAUCAAGAAUAUUCAACAAGUUCUUACUCAGGCUUUGAAUGAAGCAAAAAAAUCUCCGCGAGAAGUUGAUUAUAUUGCUUAUACGGAAAAACCUGGUUUAAUUAUUUGUUUACAAAUUGGCAAAAUCAUGGCCGAAACCUUGUCUUUGUAUUUAAAUAAGCCAAUUUUUCCUUGUCAUCAUCUUUACGGACAUAUUUAUGCUAGUUUAUUGGAUAAGAAAGAAGAUGGUGGUCAUACCCAAAUUUAUCAGGUGAAUAAUCAUUCUGAUUUCGUUCUUUUGGGAGAGACUUUGGACGAUGCGGUUGGUGAAUGCUUAGACAAAUCCGCGAUUUUGCUAGGGUAUACUUAUCCGGGAGGACCAAUUAUUGAAAAAUUAGCUCUUAAUGGUCAGAAUGUUUAUCGGCUGCCUUUUCCUAAAAACGAUAACAGUUUGGAUUUUAGUUUUAGUGGUUUAAAAAGCGAGGUAAGAAGGCUGGUGGACACAAAAAAGGAAAGUAUAAAUGUGAAUGAUUUAGCUUGUUCUUUGCAAUAUAUUUUGGCCGAAAUUUUAGCCAAGAAAUUAAAAAAUGCUUGA